AUGUUCAACACGACAACCAGUAGCCCCGCCGGGUCUGAUAGCAACGAGAAGAACUUCGAAGCGGGCGGCCCCGAGGAUCAUGGCGUCAAGGGUAGGCUGCAAUUGGAAUCGACCGAGCCCGACAGCCAUAGGGAUUCUACCACGUAUAAAACGUAUCAUCAGAGCGAGGACAACAGCUUGCCCAACCAGUCAACUGAUGUAGUUGACCGUGUCACAAGUCGUAUUGCGAGUAGAGUCACCUCACGAUCGACCAUAACCCCUGGACCGCCACCCGAUGGCGGAUUAAGAGCUUGGUUGUGUGUCUUUGGCACCUUUCUCGUCGUUAUGAAUACAUGGUAUGACCCUAGAACCCCCCCCCCCAACCAGAUAACUAAGAGGAACGAUGUCAGGGGCAUGAUCAACUCCUUUGGCGCCUUCCAGAGCUACUACAUCCAAACCCUCGACCGCAGCCCCUCGGACAUAUCCUGGAUCGGCUCCGUCGAGAUCUUCCUCCUCUUCUUCGUAGGCACCUUCACCGGCCGCCUCACGGACGCGGGCUACUUCCGCUCCGUCGCGACAGCCGGCUCCGUCCUCGUCGUCGCGGGCACCCUGGCGGCCUCGGCCUGCACGCGGUACUGGCAGCUCCUGCUCGCACAGGGGGUCUGCGUCGGCCUGGGCAACGGGUGCCUCUUCUGUCCCACGGUCGCCCUCGUCUCGACGUACUUUGCCGAGCGGCGCGCCUUCGCCAUCGGGAUCACGGCCUGCGGGAGCGGAGCGGGCGGCGUGGUGUUUCCCAUUGUCGUUCGGGAGAUGUUGCCGCGUGCCGGGUUCGGCUGGACGAUGAGGACGCUCGGGUUCGUCCAGGCCGCUGCGCUGUUUGCCGCCUUGUCUUGUCUGAGGCCGAGGGUGCCGCCUCGCAAGACGGGGAGCUUGGUGGAGUGGGCGGCGUUCAGGGAGUUGGAGUAUACGUUCUAUGCCGUGGGGGCGUCCUUGUGCUUCUGGGCGUCCUACAUCGUCUUCUUCUUCCUCGCAGCCUACGCCCGCGACAUCCAAGGCGCCUCCUACGACACAUCCCUCGACCUCCUCAUAAUCGCAAACGGCGUCGGCAUCCUCGGCCGCCUCGUCCUCAACAGCCUCGCAGACCGCGUCGGCAACCUGACAAUGUUCGUCCCCACCGCCGGUGCCGCCGCAGUGCUGGCGUACUGCUGGGCGGCGCUGCCCAUCGCCUCCUCCUCCUCGCGGGUGGGCCUCUACGUCUGGGCUGCGUUGAGCGGUAUCGCACUGGGCGGCAUCCAGGCGCUCUUCCCCUCCGCGCUGGCGUCGCUGACGGCCGAUCCGAGGAAGCAGGGGGCGCGCAUCGGCAUGGUGUUUACGAUCGUGAGCGUGAGCGUGUUGACGGGACCUCCGAUUGCGGGCGCGUUGGUGUCUGCUUUGGGGGCUCGAGAUCGAGCAUCUUAG